UCCCGUUUAGACUCAUCUAGAGAAGGAUAGAGAGUGGGAAAGAGGAAAGAGUGCUUGGGGAUGGCGGACAAAUCUCUCACGGUGUUCGUGAAGCUGUUCGCCGCGGUAUUUUACGGACUCAGUUCUUUUCUCAUCGUCGUGGUAAACAAGAGCAUCCUCACAAACUAUAGGUUCCCCUCGUCAAUAUGUGUCGGCAUCGGGCAGAUGCUGGCCACCGUGGUCGUGCUGUGGGUGGGCAAGGCUCUGAGGGUGCUGAGUUUCCCAGACUUCGACCAUAGUAUACCUCGCAAGACCUUCCCACUCCCUUUCUUGUACGUAGGGAACCAGAUAACUGGACUGUUUGGGACAAAACGGCUAAACCUGCCGAUGUUCACAGUCCUCAGGAGGUUCUCCAUCCUCUUCACCAUGAUGGCUGAAGUUCUGCUGCUCAAGAAGACAUUCUCCAGGCCUGUCCAGCUAACAGUGUUUACUAUGAUCCUGGGGGCAUUUGUAGCGGCAAGUGCUGACCUGUCUUUCGACCUCCAAGGCUAUGUGUUUAUUCUGCUAAAUGAUGUUCUGACUGCAGCUAACGGAGCCUACGUCAAGCAGAAGCUAGACUCCAAGGAGCUGGGGAAGUAUGGCUUGCUGUAUUAUAAUGCGUUGUUUAUGAUCUUUCCAACAAUGCUGCUAGCUCAACUCACUGGAGACGUUCAGAGGGCGGUGGAAUAUGAUGGCUGGUCAGACAUCCUGUUUCUCAGCCAGUUCAUCCUAUCCUGUAUAAUGGGGUUUGUGCUGAUGUAUUCUACAGUGCUCUGUACACAAUACAACUCAGCUCUAACCACCACCAUUGUGGGCUGUAUCAAGAAUAUUCUAGUGACAUACAUCGGGAUGGUGUUUGGUGGAGACUACAUUUUCUCUUGGACAAAUUUCAUUGGUUUAAAUAUCAGUAUUGCAGGUAGCCUGGUGUACUCCUACAUUACUCUGACAGAGGAACAGUCCAGUAAACCCUCUGAGAACGCCAUGGAGAUCAAGGGGAAAGUGGUGGUAUGACAUCAUGGUGACAUCGGUAUGCCAGAGGAAAAGUCACUGGAGAUCCUUUUUCAAAUGUUAAUGGUACAAGAGAACAUUCUAUUUUUGGUACAUGUUGUAUUUAUGGACUUAACAGCUGUGGUUACCAUAGCAACCAACUGGACACCCCACCAUGGCAACAGGCUCCUCCCACUGGACACGUGGAUUAGGAGGGCGUGGCUGGGGCAACAUGAUUUUAAAGGGUGCUUUUACUUAACUUCCUCAUGUUUAGUCAUUAGACGAUUACAUCAUGGAGAGCACGGUCUUCCCGUUUUUGGUGAAAUGGGUUCAUGGGGAUUGAAUUCUCUCCUGAUGUCAGAACCAAGUGGAAUGUGUGGAAUGUUCCCUCAAACAGGAAUGGUCCAAUGGAAUCUGAGGCAGUAUUAUGUGGGUGCUGGUAUGUGCAUAAGAUGUUGUCCAUCAUACAGUUGAAGUCAGAAGUUUACAUACAUACACCUUAGCCAAAUACAUUUAAACUCAGUUUUUCACAAUUCCUGACAUUUAAUCUUAGUAAAAAUCCCCUUGGGUCAAUUAGGAUAACCACUUUAUUGUCAGAAUAAUAGUAGAGAAUCACAUUCCCAGUGUGUCAGAAGUUUAAAUACAUAUAAUUAGUAUUUGGUAGCAUUACCUUUAAAUUGUUUAAAACGUUUCGAGUAGCCUUCCACAAGCUUCCCACAAUAAGUUGGGUGAAUUUUGGCCAAUUCCUCCUGACAAAGCUGGUGUAACUGAGUCAGGUUUGUAGACCUCCUUGCUCGCACACGCUUUUUCAGUUCUGCCCACAAAUUUUCUAUAGGAUUGAGGUCAGGGCUUUGUGAUGGCCACCCCAAUUCCUUGACUUUGUUGUUCUUAAGCCAUUUUGCCACAACUUUGGAAGUAUGCUUGGGGUCAUUCAACCCAUUUGCGACCAAGCUUUAACUUCCUUGAGAUGUUUCUUCAAUAUAUCCACAUAAUUGUCCUGCCUCAUGAUGCCAUCUAUUUUGUGAAGUGCACCAGUCCCUCCUGCAGCAAAGCACCCCCACAACAUGAUGCUGCCACCCCCGUGCUUCAUGGUUGGGAUGGUGUUCUUCGGCUUGCAAGCCUCCCCCUUUUCCUCCAAACAUAACGAUGGUCAUUAUGGCCAAAUAGUUCUAUUUUUGUUUCAAACCGUAGUCUGGCUUUUUUAUGGCAGAGCAGUGGCUUCUUCCUUGCUGAGCGGCCUUUCAGGUUAUGUCGAUAUAGGACUUGUUUUACUGUGGAUAUAGAUACUUUUGUACCUGUUUCCUCCAGCAUCUUAACAAGGUCAUUUGCUUUUUGUUCUGGGAUUGAUUUGCACUUUUUGCUCCACAGUACGUUAAUCUCAAGGAGACAGAACACGUCUUCUUCCCGAGUGGUAGGACGUCUGCGUGGUCCCAUGGUGUUUAUACGUGCGUACUAUUGUUUGUACAGAUGAUACCUUCAGGCUUUUGGAAAUUUUUCCCAAGGAUGAACCAGACUUGUGGAGGUCGACGAUUUCUUUUGAUUUUCCCAAGCAAAGAGGCACUGAGUUUGAAGGUAGGCCUUGCACAGGUACGCUUCUGAUAGGCUAAUUGACAUGACAUAAUUUUCCAAGCAGUUUAAAGGCACAGUCAACUUUGUAUGUACACUUCUGACCCACUGGAAUUGUGAUACAGUGAGUUAAGUGAAAUAAUCUGUAAACAAUUGUUGGAAAAAUGACUUGUCAUCCACAAAGUAGAUGUCCUAACCGACUUGCCAAAACUAUAGUUUGUUAACAGGAAAUUUGUGGAGUGGUUGAAAUACAAGUUUUAAUGACUCCAACCUAAGUGUAUUUAAACUUCUGAUUUCAACUGUAUCUGAAAGGAAAGACUGUUUAUAUUGUCAUUCUCCAGUAUUUCUGAAUGUCUGCUCUGGGUUUUAUAAAGGGUUUGUAUGUGUGACUGGGUCUCUGUAGAGGCAA